AUGACCUACCCAGACAUGCUGGGCGCCUCUCCCCUGGGAUUGGUCUGUGUGCUUGGGCCCGUGUUGGCAGUGACCUAUCUUGGCGGCCUGGUGAUCUGGCGGCUCUAUCUGUGUCCCCAGGCGCACAUCCCCGGGCCGACGUUGGCAAAGCUCACAUACUGGUACGAAUUCUACUACGACGUCGUCCUCGGCGGUCAAUAUAUCUGGAAGAUCCGGGCGCUUCACGAGCAAUAUGGGCCGAUUCUGCGCAUCAACCCGGAGGAGGUCCACAUCAACGACGCCGACUACUACGACCAGGUAUAUGCCGGCGCCACACACAAACGGAACAAAUGGACCUUUUUCACGAAUUCGAGUGGGCUGCCGCAGUCGGCGUUCGGCACCCCAGACCACAAUCUGCACCGCAUGCGCAGGGCGGCGCUGAAUCCCUACUUCUCCAAGGCCAAAGUGCGGGUGUUGCAGCCGCGCAUUCAGUCCAGUCUGGACAAUCUGAUGGCUCGGUUUCGCGAAUUCCAGGAAUCCGGAGAACCUAUGACGGUGUCGCUGGCGUAUGCUGCCCUUGCAAACGAUAUCGUCAUGGAAUACGCAUUUGCGCGCAGUGACAAUCGGCUGCUGGCCCACGACUUCGACCCAAGCUUCAAAGAGGCCGGCGAGGCGGGGGCCAAGAUUGGCCAUUUCGUCAAGCAAAUGCCGUGGGUGUUGACUCUGAUGAAAGUACUGCCGGACUCGGCGCAGCUCGCCCUGAACCCUGUCAUGGCAAGCUACAUCAAACUCAACAAGGACGUUAUCCGGCAUGUUUCCGAGAUCUACGCCCACCGCGGCGACCCCGACAGCAAAUACAACUCGCAGACGACCAUCUUCCACGCCAUCAUGCAGGGCGACCUGCCGGAGAAGGAGAAGUCCCCCGACCGCCUCUGGCAAGACGGCCAGGUCGUCGUCAUCGCCGGCACCCUGACCACGGCGGCAGCACUGUCGGAGAUCACGUACCAGCUGCUCCAACAGCCGAGCGAGCUGCGCAGACUCAAGAAAGAGCUCGCAGACGCCAUACCAGACCCGACGGCGCCCCUCGACACAGUCAAGCUCGAGCAGCUGCCCUACCUCUCGGCCGUCAUCAAGGAAGGUCUCCGUCUGAGCAGCGGCAUCAGCACGCGCUUGCAGCGCAUCGCCACGGACGAAACCCUCAUCUACACGGCCACGACGCGGGGCAACGACAGCAAGGAACCCAACACCGUCGAGAAGCAGUACGUGCUCCGGCCAGGCAUCCCCUUAUCCAUGACGGGCCUGCUGAUCCACCACUCCCCCACGUACUUUGACGACCCGAUGACGUUCCGCCCCCAGCGAUGGAUCGAUGACCCGAGCCUCGAGAGUUAUCUCGUCCCGUUCUCGCGCGGCACCCGCGCCUGCGUGGGUCUCAACCUGGCGUACGCCGAGCUGUACGCCACGGUGGGAACCGUGUUCAGUCAGUACGGGAGCCGGGAGGUCCGCCUCCCGCGGGACAGAGGGUUUCUGGAGCUCUACAACACGAGCUACAAGGAUAUCGAAAUCAUAGGCGACGGGGUCACGCCGCUAUAUCGGCCGGACAGCAAGGGAGUCAGGAUCACGGUCCAUGCAGCAUGA